UUUAGAAGAGAGCAGUCUACGUUGAUCUCUCUGCCUUUAGUUUAUUAUUUAACAUUAACAUUUUAAAGAACUGUAUUUUGUGUGUAAAUAGCUGAUAUUUUAGAGUAUUUUUAUAAUAUCCGAAAUAGUUUUGUUUUAAAGUAGAACUACAAAAUGGAACUUAAUUCUCUUUUAAUUCUCCUGGAGGCUGCUGAAUACUUGGAAAGAAGAGACCGAGAAGCAGAGCAUGGUUACGCAUCAGUUUUACCGUACGAUAACGACUUUUCCAGGAAGAAAACGAAAACUUCGUCAAUUUCGAGAAAACCUCAGAACAACAGGUCAUCACACAAUGAGCUGGAGAAGCAUAGACGUGCCAAACUGCGGCUGUACCUGGAGGAGCUGAAGCAGCUGGUUCCUCUGGGUCCGGACAGCACCAGACACACCACGCUCAGCCUGCUCAAGAGGGCCAAGAUGCACAUCAAGAAGCUAGAGGAGCAGGACCGGAAGGCCCUGAACAUGAAGGAGCAGCUGCAGCGCGAGCAUCGCUACCUCAAACGGCGCCUGGAGCAGCUGUCCGUGUCGGCCCUGGAGCGCGUCCGCACCGACAGCAUGGGCUCCACCAUCUCCACCGACUCCGAGCAAGAGGUGGACAUCGAGGGGAUGGAGUUCACCCCGGGCGAGGCGGACAGCCUGGGCAGCAUGAGCGACGGGGAGGACCACUACAGCCUGCAGGGCAGCUCCAGCGACGGCAGCUACACGCCCUCCCACAGACUGCAGGCCCGCCUCUGCUAGGCCCCUCCCCCCCCACCAGCCUCCGCCUCCACGCCGCACACACACACACCAGCCGCGCCAUUCCAGGAGCCAAGACUGCCACUCUUUCCAGGAAGCAGACCGCAGGGCCACUCCUCGCUUGCUUCCUUCCCCCCCUGUGACCGCUCCCCCCCAGCCACACUGCCACCACAGGCUCAUUCAGCAGAGCAAUUCAUGGUUUCAAUGGCUUUCAUCUGUGGUGUGGUGCACGGCUUUGACUUGUCAAUGAGAACCAGGUGUAUUUGCAUUCAUGUAAUGUGGGUGUUUGGUGUCUAAAGCACCUUCCCUUUCAUAGAAUCACUAAUUUUGUGAAAGCAAAAAAAAGCAUGGGCAGUCAGAUUUGUGUUGAAGAGGAAAUGGAACAACAAAAUGAAAGUCAUUCGUUCUUUCGGGCUAGAUCUUCCAUUGGAGGUCUUCUGGUUUGCCAUUUUAACGCACUGAACUUUUUUUUUUUUUUUUGCAUACGAGUUUACCCUGUUGUUGUAUGGAUAAACAGUCAUCAGCGUCUUUGAGACAGAGCGUUACCAGCUAUGAACAAUCCCAAAGUGUCCUCUGACUGGAGCCCAUUAAACAGACAGUUUAAAUGGCAUAGAUGACAUUGCACUGUGCAGGCCUUGCCCAGGAUGGCUACACAUGGUCAGUAGCAAAGUGAUGUAGCAUUGUAAAUAACACGGAAAGCUUCUGUUUUCAGCAUUAAGCCAUUCUGGAGUAAGAACAAAAGGAGUGAGUAAGGAAGUGAAGGUGGGCGUCCCCUGUGUGGUGGAAAGACAGAGGGCAGCAUAGAGGCCUUGUCCCAUCCAACCUGUCCUUCCUUCUAUGGGAGCAGUGCCCAAAUUCAGCUUCACUGCAAGGGAUACAAACUUGAUUCAUUUUUCGUUGACUGCGUGCGUGGGUGUGUGUGUGUGUGUGUGUGUGUGUGUGUGUGUGUGUGUGUGUAUGUAUGUGUGUGAGUGUGUGAGCAUGUCUUGGUUCACAUUGACAAGUCAAUGGUGCAGAAAAAAGACAAAAACAGUGCCAGCUCUAAUGAUUAGGGUCUUUGUGAGGAGAAGUGCUAGUUGAGGGGAAUUACCCCACUUUAUC